AUGAAUGAACCUAAACUCAUGAAAAUCAAGAAACUCACAGAGGAUCUUAUUGGGCUCAAUGAGUUGGAGGAAAAGAUCCUUAGCCAAAAAGCUAAAAUUGAAUGGCUAAAAUUGGGUGAUGGCAAGAAUAUAUUUUUUCAUGCCUCCCUCAAGGCUAAGCAUCAUGCUAAAAGUAUUGCAUCUUUGUCUGCUGCAGAUGGUUCUAGGGUCACCAGCCAUGCAAAAAUUGAGGAAGCAAUUUUGGAUUACUAUGGUAGAUUGAUGGGCCAGAAAGAGGACAACCUGAGCUAUAUUGACGUGACUUCUAUGAGGGAGGGCCCUCACCUGACAGUUGAUUAA